AUGCCUCCGCCUCGGCCUCAGUCGGAGACAAAGAAGAGGAGGCCAGGGUGCGAUGCCAACGGCGCCACAGGCGACACCAAGGAGCAGUGCUCACAAUGUGUCAAGAGAGGCCAGCCCUGCGUGCGAGGAAUCAGGGUCCGAUUCCGUCACACCUAUAAUCCGGGACUGGACCAGAGCCAGUACAACUUCGACUCGGAUCAGACAUGGUGCAAGACCACCAACAAAAGGAUCAGAUUCGUCGACGAGACGGAGGAGGUGGCCUCGUUCUACGAGGGAGACGUUAGUGACGACGAUGACGAUGGCUUCCAGGGUGGCACGCUAUUCCAGGACCUUCCCUCCCCUGACGCCUCGACAGCACUCAGUCCUACCCCUACUGCCAGGCCGGCGCCGUUGAGGUCUGCAUUUUUCAAUGACACCGGUAGUGCCAUUGCUUCUUCAACGAGCCGGGCUUACUAUGAGCAAGAAGUUGGCCCGAGACAGAGCCUGCCAGACUACCCAGGGCCUCGGACGCCGGCCUUGAACGUCUUUCCCACACCCUCAUCCUUCCCAUCACCCGAGACCGCCCACUCCAAUAACCCGCAUCCAUUGUAUCCAAAGGUCGAUGCCUCCCUCCUGCCCCUGAAAAAUGCUCACGAGGCAGAGCUCAUCUACCAAUUCAGCGUACAAAUAGCACCUCAAUUCGACACUGGCGACCACGAAAAGACCUUUGCCUCCGUCCUGCCCAACAAGUCCUCCAUAUGCCCACUAUUGUCCAAGGCCAUUCUUGCCGUCACAGCAAAGAGUACCCGGAUCAACCGUGGUGGAUCCCCAUCACCCGAAGAGGAGACCUACCUUCGCGAUGCUUUCCAAGAAUUGGCGCCCAUACUGAGCGGCUGCGUGGUUGGCAUGGUGGAUGAGAGCACAGGUCUCCUGGCCGCCGCUGUCCUUCUGCAGCAUCAUAUGGUCGUCCAGACACCGAGGGAGAAACCCAUUGCUGAGUCAGACUCGCUAGACAUGCGACUAAUCCAAUCCAAAUUGGUGCUGGAAUUGGUAGACUUUGUGGGACAGCCAGUCCUCUGGGCUAGUGUUCGGCAGAGCAUCUACAUGGCCAUCAUGCACCAGAAACCGCCUGUCCUGUACAGAGAGUGCCUCAAUAUCGACCCGACCGCCACGAGCCCCGGCGAUGAUCGAAAAUGGGCUGCCAGAAUUACCCUACUACUCGUGGACGUGAUCUGCUACUGUUUCGGAGAGGACAAGAGCCUGGCCGAGCACACCACGCUGGUUGAGUACGCGGAGGAGUGGAUGAAGAAUAGGCCUGAAACGUUCAGUCCGGUAUUCGUCUGCAAGGAGGACGAUAGGCCGUUCCCCGAGAUCUUCCUCCUUAACGAGAACGUCGUCCUCGGUCUGCAGUACUACCACCUCGUACGGAUCCUCCUCAUCGCUUACGACCCCGGUAUACCAAGGCUCGGGCUCGAGCAGAAGGCCGCGGUGCGAUCGAUGGAUGACACGCUCCGGGAGGAUGUCAGGAUCGUGUGCGGGAUUGCCGACGCCAUCAGCGAUGUCAACAAUGCUCACCUGGCUGCGAGCAUGGCCAUCGCGCUGGCCGGGGACCGCUUCGACGACCCUGAUGAGCAGCAGGCUUUAAUGGAUGUUUUGGUCAGAACGGAGAAGGGUUUGAAUUGGUCGACGCUGCCAGCGUAA